UAGCUCAAUAAAGUACAAGUUGAGAAUAGUGGUUAUGUAUUUGUAAUGUAGUAAUGUAAAUUAUCGUUACAUAUUUUCAUAUAUACAGAAACACCCCUUCGUAAGUUUAUAGUCAGUCUAAGAUUUUUGUUUUACUUAAUAAGUUUUUGUUAGGUUCAAAACAAUCAUAGAAAACAACUUAUGUUUAGCUAAAGUAAAACUAAAAUGCUUUGUAUUCGUGUCAUCUUGAUGAUCCUGUCAGAUAUGUGCAAAAAUAAAACGUAUUUCUUUCGCUAGUAGUGCAUGAUACAAAAAUGUGUAGUUUAUCUUCACGGUUUGGAGCGUGAUCUCGUAAUUUGUGCUUUUCCAAAACACUGGUACUCUCUUAAUGGAUUUUACGGAGGCAUAUGACGACACUUGUUCAACUGUUGGACAUGUAGUUAGAGAAGGAAAUGUAAAGCUGCUGAGAAGACUUAUUAAGCAAGGACGCCGUGUUAACGUUGCAGACAACAGAGGAUGGAUGCCCAUCCAUGAAGCAGCAUCGCGUAAUACAGUGGGAUGCCUGAAGCUGCUAAUUCAAGCAGCUCCAAGUCGAUCAUACAUAAAUGCUAAAUCAUUUGAGGGAGAAACUCCAUUAUUUCUUGCUGCCAGAAACGGAGCUUUGAAAAGUGCAGAAGUUCUUUUGAAAGCUGGUGCUGAUCCCAAUGAAAGUGCUGAUGAAGAAACAGCAUUGUUUGUAGCUGUCGAAAAGGGUCAUACAGAUGUCGCAAAGCUGCUGCUCAGACAUGGUGCUAAUAUUAAUGGACCACAUUCAAAGUGCGGAUGGAAUACAUUGCAUCAGGCAGCUUUUCAGGGUAAUGUUCUUGUUCUACAACUUCUCCUGGAGAAAGGUGCAGAUCAUGAAAGCAAAGAUGAUUUUGGAAUUACACCUUUGUUCAUUGCUGCACAGUACGGGAAAGUGGAGAGCUUAAGAAUACUCAUUGCAAAUGGAGCAGAUGUCAACUGUCAAGCCAGUGACAGAGCCACUCCGCUGCUUAUUGCUGCACAGGAAGGUCAUUCUGAAUGUGUGGACCUGUUACUGUCUAAUGGUGCUGAUGCCAACCUUUACUGCAAUGAUCAGGGAUGGCAGUUGCCUAUUCAUGCAGCAUCUCAAAUGGGCAGAGUCAGUGUAUUGAACUUGCUUAUCCCCGUUACUGAUCGAGUAUGUGACCGGGGAGAAGACAAGCUGAGCCCUGUAUAUUCUGCAGUGUAUGGACAGCAAGAAGAGUGCUUGAAAAUACUGCUGAAUGCUGGUUACAGUCCCGAUGCGCAGAACUGCUUGUACUUUGGCUAUAUGUCUCCACUGUGCAUGGCAUUAUUGAACAAAUCUUACAGAAUCGUGUUCAUACUUCUUGAGUACAAUGCGACACUGAAAGAAAAUCAUUUGACAUAUUGUCUAGGUUGGCAAGAUUCUUCCGUAUUCCGACACUUGUUGAAAAAGGGGUGUCCACUGCCAUCCAGCAAACACUUGCCAUUGUUUAUAGAAUUUGGAGUUGCAGUCCAGGAAAAAUAUAAAGAAUGGUUACCGUAUCUUAUAAAUGCUGGAUUUAAUCCGUUGCAUCUACUUACUGAAUUAUGGAUUAAAUCUGUUUGUGAUGAUGCCCUUAACUUCACUCUGGAGUUCACUAAUUGGAAGAGGCUUCCUCCAGCUGUGGAACAGGCACUUGCCAGCCAUGCAGAAAACUCCAAUUGGGUUCCAAAGAAUCAUUUUGGAGCUGUCCCCAAUUUGACUCACCUGUGUCGUCUGGAGAUUAGAUCCAUAAUGCAAGACAAACUACCCUCUGAAUUGUAUAUCCCAAAGCUGCCAUUACCCUCUUGUCUACAUGAGUUUCUACUUUAUUUUGAUAUUUUUAGGUUGUACGGUAUUCCAGAAGUGGCAGUCAGCCUAGAUCACUCUGGCUAAGGAAAUGGUCACAGUUGGAUAUGUUUUGGAUUUCUUGUUGUAUAUAUGAGUACUGGCAUGGGACAAGUAAAUACAUCACUGGUGUUUGCUUACUUGCAGUUCAUGUCUGAAAAAUAGACCUACAUUUAAAUUUUUGCUUUCCUAAAGUAAAUUGUAAAGAAUUUUAAAGUAAAAUGUAUAUGAAGCUU